CGUAUGCAAUUUGCAUAAACCAUCCUAUCCCAUUCCAUCGGAAGUCUCGCAUUUUCGUCGGAAAAAUGGCUGCUCCGCACUUCCAUUGCACCUCAACCUUGGUAUCACGUUCAAACCCUUCCUUCCGUUUGCUUCACAAUUUGAAGCUAACAAACCCCAACAAUUCAUGGCUAGGAACCAAAAUUAGGGUUCAACCGUGCAUUCUCAGUGCAAAACCUCCCGUGUCCAUUUCCCACCGCCGCCCCGUCGCCGCCACCGUUUCCUUCAGCCUCCCCACCUCAAAUCCAGAGCGUGUUUCUCCAGGCCAGGAAACUCCAAAAUGGUCUUCCAAGGCUAUAAAGUCGAUUUCAAUGGCUGAAGUGGAGGCGAGGAAACUCAGGUUUACUAAUACCGGCACUGAAGCUCUUAUUUUGGGGGUUCUUGUUGAGGGUACUAAUCUGGCUAACAAGUUUUUGCGAGCCAACGGAAUUACAAUUUUCAAGGUGCGAGAUGAAAUUGUUAAAGUGGUUGGAAAAAAUGAAAUAUUUUCAGUACCCCCCGUCCCCGAGCGUCCUCCAAUGACUGAAGAUGCUCAGAAGGCCCUUGAUUGGGCUGUUGAUAAAAAAUUAAAAUCAGAUGAUGGCGGGGAAGUAACCACAACACACAUAAUUCUUGGCAUUUGGUCUGAAGUGGAUUCCCCGGGUCACAAGAUACUAUCCAACCUUGGUUUUGAUGACAAAAAAGCUAAAGAGCUAGAGUCCUCUAUUUCUAAAGCUGUUGUUAAUGAUGAAUAAUGGUUUCUUAAUGAUGAUUUAGCAAGUUUUUUUGUGCUAUUAGUGAUAAUUGAUGCAAUUGUUGUACAAUAGAUCAACAGGUUGUUCCACCUAUUGCAGAAGUCGUAUUUUCAUAUGUAAAAUGACCCUUUCCCCUUCA